GGUUCCAGCGAGCUAUCAUGACGGUAACGUGCGGUGCAGCCUUGACCUCGACCAUUCCGGGAGGAGACUACCUUCUCACAGGGGCCAGAUCUGGACGAACGCCCUCCUCCGAUGAAGGGCACGGCGCCAAGAGGAAAAAAUAACGUUUCUUCUCCCGUUCCGCGGCCUAGUCCCAAACCUACAUUAUUACAUGAUGGAUGCCGUUCAUAAACAUGAGCAUACAAUAUGUGUCGCUUCCUUGCCGCAGAUUUAACCGCGGCACAGUCUCUCACCCACCAGUAAGUUCUCCAAUCGUCGUAGCUAUAGUUUACUUGGAGGUUUGAUGAGUCCUCUGCAAUACCUAGUUGACUUCAGUAGCCCUGAGUGACUGUGUCCACUCAAUACCAGACCCUGACUACUACGCGACAACGCAUGAAUGAAAUUUCGGAUAAAGAAAGUUUAUAAUCUGGGAUUAAUUCACAAAGAAAGUAUUUUUUUAUCUUUACAAUUGCGAUGCGAUCAGAGUCGGGUCUGUACCCGACCCGUCUGUACCCGACCCGUCUGUGCCCGACCCGUCUGUACCCGUGGAGCAGGAUCGCUAUGAAUUUGGAUCGAAAUUGAAGAAAGAAAGUCCUGGUAGAACACGAAAGUGUAUUUAUCAUUUACAAACAAUAAUUAUCAUCCGAGCUAUGAUUACGUUGGCGGGUGCAAUAAAACAUUAAUCUAUAUUCGUGGUGUGCUCGUUUUUUCGCCAUAACGAGUCUUCAGUGAGCCGGAGACAGUUGAAUAAUGAAACCGUUUCUAAAACAGACAUGGGCGGUAUCUGCAGUUCUUAUAAACAUGGUCGGGCAGGGUAUACUGCUGAGCUAUACCACGAGUCUCCUGCCAGCUCUACAAGCACCUGACUCUCCCAUACCAACCGAUUUGGAUACGGCUUCAUGGCUAUCGUCAUCGGUUGGCAUUUCUGGAAUACCCGGUUUCUUCAUGUCCUCGACUCUUAUGGAAGCAUACGGACGAAAAGUUGCCCAUUUUAUUAUCAUGAUGCCCGGACUGAUAGGCUGGUUAUUGAUAUACUUCGGUAACAACAUCCCCGUGCUAAUGAUAGGGAGGAUUCUGGGUGGAAUGAGCGCUGGCGGUACAGUCGCGUUAGGAGCCAUUGUCAUCGGAGAAUACAGUAGUCCGAAAUAUCGAGGAAUGUAUUUAAAUAUGAAAACAGCUUCGGUAUGCUUAGGGGGGAUGCUCGUCCAUAUCUUAGGACACUUUUACAAUUGGAGGACCGUCGCUUUGCAAGCAACGAUUCCAUAUAUUAUUUCAAUGGCGAUCAUUAGCACGUGGCCCGAGAGCCCUGCGUGGUUAAUAUCGAAGCAGCAGUACGAGCAAAGCGAAAAAAACUUCUAUUUUCUGCGUGGAAAGACUGAAGAAUCGUACAGAGAACUGGAAAACAUGAUGCAAUCACAAACCAAUAGAGUUGCGACGAAGACGAAAGAAUUAACAUUUACGGAUAAACUAGUUGACUUCUUAAAGAAAUUCACGAAGAAGAACUUCUUGAAGCCGCUCUUUAUAUUACUGAACGGAACUAUCCUGUUAGAAACGUGCGGCCGACACAUAUUCCCCGCUUACGCAUUGCAGAUUAUAGCCGAAAUUACUGGGAGCAAAUCGCAAUCAUUUUACUACACAAUGUGCAUAGAUGUGAUUAUAACUGUUAGUGCGGUUUGCUCUUCCAUAUUAGUCAAAGUGAUGAAAAGACGUACCUUACUUUUUUCUACCGGAUUUGCUGCCUUUUUUGUCCUAAUUAUUGUUUGUGCUUAUCUAUUUUUAGUGGCUCAGGGAGUGAUACCUGAUAAAUACCACUGGGUUCCUAUAGCUUUAUUUGUGGUUUAUUUUAUUCUUGCUAAUUUAGGUUGCACCCCGAUACCUUUGGCGUUUUUGGGAGAACUAUUCCCGUUGGAGCAUAGGGGAGCGGGUUCAGCUGUAGCAGGGAUAUUCAUGUCCGUUAUACUCAUGCUUGGAUUACUUUUAACACCCCAUUUAUUAGCCAAGAUCGCUGUGCACGGUACGUUCGCCGUUUUCGGCAUUAUUAUGGGUAUUUCUUUGGCAAUAUUAUAUGUCACAUUACCUGAAACUAAAGAUAAGACGCUUCAAGAAAUCGAGGAUUACUUUAAUUACGGUAAAUUUAAGGACUUCAAAAAUGUUGAAGAGCCAGACGUUAAAACUAAAAUGCUUAAGUGAAGUGAAGUUUGUAUUUUGGAAGCAGAAGAGAGAGAGGAAGCAGAGGGACCGUAAGAAAUGGCAGAAAGUAUUUAAUUGCACGUUUACCGACCGUUUUUGAAAAGCCUGCCGCUUUGAAACUAGUCGAUAGAUAAGAGAUAUAAGACCGUAAAAUAGGGACUUGAAUCUGUAUUUGUAAGCAAGCAAGACCGUGUGUCUCAUCUGGUUAUUAGCAGUUACUAUAAGUUCAGGUACUUCCAAAUGAAAAAGACACCGUAACCUCAGGAGCUAAAAAAGGGUUUGAACUACCUUUUUAAAUCUCAAUUGAAUAGAAGUCAUAGCGUUUGGUAAUUGAAAUGAAAUUUCUUGUAGAGCCGAAUGAAAUGUGAUAAAAAAUGCCUUGAAACGUGGAGUAGAGAAAUGGAGAUUGUAGAUAGUCUCUGAGAUAGGGAUGAACUCAGUCUCUGUGCGAUGGUAAAUUAGAUGUUACGGAAUAAUUUCAAAUAAUUCCAAAAGCCACGUUGUAGCAUGUAAUUAAGUAAAGAAUAUUCGAAUUGUCGCAAAUAAUAUAAGGACAUUAAAAAACGCGUGGAAAACUAGUUUUAAUUAUGGUAUACGAACCGUGAAAACCGAAGUAAAUACACGAAAUACCAGGACUCUGGACCGCAAACACCCUAUAAUUUUUUUUAUUGCCCUUGUAGGCAGACGAGCAUACGGCCCACCUGAUGGUGAAUUAUUACCGUCACCCAUGGAUUUCAGUAAUCCCAGGAGCUGAGCUAAGUCGCUGCCUACCAACUUUUGACUUCCUUGACUCCUUUUGACUUCAACACAGAAAGUAACUGUUCGGUUUUUUAGUAGGGUCUUGUCUACGAAACUAGUUUGGCGCAACCCAGACAUUAAAUAGAAGGCUCGAUUGUAUAACACAACGGCUGUCCCACCCUUAAAACCGGAAUGCCUGGUUGGUUCGCGGUAGGAAUACGUAGACCUGUAUAACUUACCUGUGUGGACCAACAAAGACCAGUAUCUGAAAACACUUCUGUCCUUUGUCCAGUGAGUCGGGUCCUUUACCCUUCUUUAUAUACGGGAAAAGAUGCAGUAGUGUUGUCCUAAGUCUACAGCAUACAGACUAUUCCAGAUGAUCUUGUCAUCUGCUGUAACCAUUGGACAACCGGCCACUUGAGCAGAGUUCGUCAUUAUCUGGUACCUCGCAGUUCUCCUACAAAGAAUUUACCUAUAAAAUUUCAUAUACCAUCCAGCUCCUGAAUUUACUUCCCUUCUGAAGGUAUAGAUCAGCAUAUUUCUGAAGAGAAAAUCAUUAAGAGCUGGAUCAAAGAGCUUUUAUGGUCCGGCGUGCCUGAUGCUCACCUACAAACAAAAAAAAAUAAUCAAUGUUCCUGACGAAAGAGUUGGGGCAAUAUUAAUUUAAUGUAUUUUUAAGUUUUAAAUGUUAAACUUUCGAAUAAAACUGGAUCUGUCUCCACUGUAACUAAUAGCAAUCCAAGAAAUAUCCUUUUGAAAGAUCCCGCGUGACUUUCUUACGUUUAUUAUGAAGACAGAAACCUUGUAACUGCCAAAAUUGCAUCGAGAUUCAUCCCAAUGGGAUGAAUAAUGCAAGAACGCGUUCAGGACAAACACACAAAGAAACUGUCAGGUUUUUUUUAAGAUAUUGUAAUUAAUAAGUUAAAACUUUUUUUUUCUAUUUUAUAACGAAUGUAAAUAUUAGGUACUUUAUGAUUUGUGUAUUAAUGUAAAUGAUAAUUUCUUAAAUAUACUAUUUAAUUAAUAUUA